CCUACUUCAUAGUAGAAAUAAACAUAUGUGGUGAACUGCCAAACAUAAAUAAAAAUCCCUUCUAAUACUUGCUUUCAGUUUUUGUGAAAUCUUACUUGUCUCACACCGCUUCAGUAGAUAAAACGACAUUAUUGAAGUGAGUUUUGUGGGUGAAAAGAUCUCCAGCUCUGUCAGAAUAUAUUGGUCAAAGGGCGUCAAUGACAUAUAUACUCAGAUCUGCACUAAUAAAGUUGACGUGUGUUGUCUGAUCAGAACAGGGUCUGUUGAUGCCUGUCCUGAAUGCUGUUAGAGGAAUGUCUACUUCAGGAGGUCCCACCCCCCCCUAUACCACCCUGUCAAUCACCUGCCCGGCUGACACCAUCACUCACGUUGAGUUCUGUCGACCAGAGAAACGUAACGCAAUGAACAAAGCAUUCUGGAGUGAAAUGGUUGACUGCUUCAAUCAGAUCGCUGAAGACUCAGAGUGUCGUGUUGUGGUUUUCUCAGGUGCUGGGAAGCUCUUCACAGCUGGUAUUGACCUCAUGAGCAUGGCCAGUGAUAUUGUACAGCCUGAGGGAGACGACACAGCCAGGAUCUCAUGGAACGUGCGCCGGACCAUAAGCAAAUACCAGGAGACCUUCUCUGUUAUGGAAAAGUGUCCAAAACCAGUGAUAGUGGCCAUUCAUGGAGCAUGUAUAGGAGGGGGAGUGGAUCUGAUCACGGCAUGUGAUAUACGGCUCUGUACACAGGAUGCCUGGUUUCAAGUCAAGGAAGUUGACAUUGGCCUGGCAGCUGAUGUUGGGACUUUGCAACGCCUCCCCAAAGUGAUUGGAUGUCGUAGUCUGGUAAAUGAGCUGGCUUUGACUGCGAGGAAGAUGUACGCCGAUGAAGCCAAGAGUUGUGGAUUGGUCAGCUGUGUGUUUCCAGAUAAAGAGACGAUGAUGGCCGGAGCUAUGGAGAUGGCAGGAGAGAUCGCAAGUAGGAGUCCUGUAGCGGUACAGGGAACCAAAGUCAAUCUCAUUUACUCCAGAGAUCACAGUGUUCCAGAGGGCCUGAAUUACAUGGCCACCUGGAAUAUGAGCAUGCUUCAAACCCAUGAUCUGAUGAAAUCAGCUCAGGCUGCCAUGGAGAAGAAAAGCCCUAAAGAAAUUACUUUCUCUAAGCUCUAAGACUCUACAGGAGAAUGCAUGCAUACUCAAACCAGCUUCAAAAGUACAGGAAGAUCGGCUAAUGAUUUAGAUUUGAUCUGCAUAUCUUUGUCGACAUGAUUUUUUACAAUUAAAAUGAAUUAUGUCUUAAACUUCAGUGAAAGCGAAUUAUUCUAUUUUUCUGGGAUUGCCUACUAUUACAGUGCGUAAUACAUUUGCAAUCAUAUGAUUUUAUGAUGGUGAUUUGUGUUCUGCAUUAAAUGACAUUUGACGUCAGAUCUUGUAUGAACUGUUACAAUAUUUUGGGACUUAAAUAAAAAGGAAGACUGAAUGUUUGUAGGCAAGAUGCCCCAGGAAAAGAUUUUUUUUGUUUAUUUCACAGCAGUGUUGGGUUGAAACAAACUAAAAGUAACGAUGCUACUAACUUAAGUAACUUUUUCAGUAGCGUAACAGAAGCUCAGCUAUUUUCACAACAGUGUCCCUGAUAGACGUCUAUUUGAUGUGUGUUUUAUGGAAGACGUAUUUGUUAGGUUGCUCAUCU